AUGCUGCGUUCAAACUGUAGUUCGUUUCUAAAUGAAAAUCGAUGUUUAUUUGGUUUUUGUACUUGUCCUAAGGAAUAUGAUCUUUAUAAAAAUAAUGAGAUUUAUUAUAAUGCAUUAACUCUUCCAAUGAUUGCAGCAAUUCUUUAUGAUCUUCCAUUAUUACGUUAUGUUUAUGGUUUUAUUUUUAUUUUAUUGGCUUCAAUUGGUAUAAUAAAUAAUAUAUGUUCUUUAAUGACAUUUAUUCGAGAACGUAUUCGAUAUACAAUUUGUGGGAUUUAUUUAAUCAACUAUUCAAUAUGUAGUUUAAUAUUAAUGAUGUUAAUUAUAACAAAUAUACUAACUGCUAUUUAUUAUGAUAUAUAUUUAUUUCGUUUCUGGGCUUGUUAUGGUUAUCCAUAUUUAUCUCUUAUUAUGGUUUAUACAAGUAUGUUAAUAAGUAUUGCAAUAGCGAUAGAAGGUGUAUUUUAUAUAUAUUUUAAUUUUAAUAAAUUUCGUCCACGAAGACAACCUGUAAUUAUUUCAUUACUUUUUCUUCUUAUUGUUUCAAUAUCAAAUCUUGAUAAAAUAUUUGGACGAAGUUUAUUAAUUGAUCAAUCUGGUAAUUUUUAUUGUACAUAUAAAAAAAAUUCAUUUAAAUAUUGGUCAAUAGCUCUAUAUUAUAUUUAUAUCAUUACUCCAUGUUUAAUUCAUGGAAUAUGUAUUAUAUGUGUUCUUGUAUUAUUAAUAAAAGAAAAUGGUCUUCGAAAAAUAAUUAUUCAUCAAAUUUAUUUUAUUCCAUCAUUAUUCAUUAUUUUUUGUAUGUUGUUAAAUAGUUUAUAUCUUAAUUUAUUUAAUUUUUGUUUAACAUUUUCAUCAACUUACAUAAUUCGUUUACAUAUUAUAUUUAUUUUUCUUCUUUAUACACCACAAAUAUUUACAUACGCCAUUUAUGUUAUACCAAAUAAUUUUUAUGUUAAAGAAUUUUAUCAAAUAUGGUUUUUUAGAAAAUUAUGUUUUAGUUGUUAUACUAAAAGACGACAUAUACAAGAAUUUGAAGUUAUACAUAUGUUAUGGACAAGACGAACAUCAUUAGAAACUAUUAAAACAAUAUCAACUCUUAAUGAUAUGUGUAAUGACAGUGAAUUUUAUAAAAAUAUUAAAAUGGAAUUUUAA